ACGUUUUCACUUUCAAAGCUAUGCCCUCCGUCUAAUUAUUGUUAUGUACGAAAAAAUUAGGAUUCUCUUCUACCUAUUUCUUGCUUUAUUCAUACCUUAUCUGCUUCAGGAAUACAUUUCAGCUAUUCUAAUAAAUAAAGUCAGGAAUUGCGGUUGUAGAUCUUGUUAUGAACGAUGAAUGUUCCGGUUCUGUUUUUAUUGAUAUUUAUUUUAAAUUUUGUGUCCGUUAUAUCCGAAGUGAGUCUCCGUUUUGUAUUCAUAACGGAAGUCCACGAGCCGGAACUGGCGCAGGAAAUAUCACGAGCAGUGAAAAUGACUGAAGAUAACGAACAAGACCUUUUAAUAAGUGACGAAGUGAUACAACUAGACAGAGAAAAUGCUGAUGAAAGUUACAAUAAAUUAUGCGCUUUCGUGUCUAAAGGUGUGUCUGCGAUAAUUGACCUCUCUUGGUCGCCAUGGGAAAUGGCCGAACAGCUAUCGGAGACUGCUGGGGUACCAAUAAUCCAUAGUUUAUUAGGAGCACAGCAACUCGUCUCAGCUUUCGAUAGCUAUUUGGAUUCCAGGAACGCAACCGAUGCAGCGUACCUCGUUGAGAGCGAAAGCGAUGUAGAUAGAAUCCUAUACGAACUGCUGGGCAGAUCUCACGUCAGAGUGUGGGUGCACGCGGGACUAACAAGAGAAUCAGCCAAAGCCUUGAGAAACAUGCGUCCGGAACCAAAUUUUUACGUUAUUGUUGGAGACGAGGAGUUCGUAAUGACGACCUAUAAGAGAGCAGUCAAAGAAAAAUUGGUUAAACGUAAAUACCGUUGGAAUAUUCUACUUACUGACUAUAAGACGGUCGAUCCGUCUAUGUUAGUGUUGCCAACUUUCAUCCUGCAGUCGGAUUUCGGGGAGUGCUGCAAGUUGGCAGGCUUGAAGGAAGAUUGUAUAUGUCCCUCUAAUAUGCAGCGACAGCAAUUUCUUCUGAAAAAUAUUAUUCAAUAUACAAGUGAAGUUUUCUUAAAACUAGGUUCGAAUCACGCUGUUAAUAUAGAUUGCGAGAACCCACAGAACGAAAUGAAUGUUACCAGGGACAAGUUGUAUCAAAUCUUCGAAGAAGAUAACGCUAAAAAUGACUCAUUGUUAUUUUGGGACGAACAAAGGUCUGGGCUGUUUUUGCGGUCCAAUUUCAUAUUAUCCAUGUAUAAACCUGAGUCUGGUAUGGAGAGAGUCGCGUCUUGGUUGGCAAAUGAGAAAUAUGAGCUCUUACCGGGAGUAGAGCUUGAACCUUUGAGAAAUUUCUUCCGUGUCGGCACAUCUCCUGCCAUACCGUGGACGUUGGUAAAAUAUUCUGAGACCGGAGAGCCAAUGUUGACAGAGGAUGGUCAGCCCGUGUAUGAAGGAUACUGUAUCGAGCUCAUCAACAAAAUAGCUGAGGAAUUAGGAUUUGACUACGAAAUUGUGACACCGAAAAUUGGUACAUUCGGAAGGAGGCUUCCAAACGGCUCAUGGGAUGGAAUUAUAGGGGAUUUGAUGACAGGUGAAACAGAUAUAGCCGUCGCUGCUUUGACCAUGACAGCUGAGAGAGAGGAAGUUGUGGAUUUUGUGGCACCCUAUUUUGAACAAACUGGAAUACUUAUAGUUAUUCGUAAACCGAUACGUAAGACGUCCCUCUUCAAGUUCAUGACGGUUCUUCGUACAGAGGUGUGGCUCAGCAUCGUGGCUGCUCUUCUCCUGACCGGUUUUAUGAUCUGGUUGCUGGAGAAGUACUCGCCUUAUUCCGCUAGGAACAAUCCCGGAGCUUAUCCCUAUCCCACUCGAGAGUUUACUCUGAAGGAGAGCUUCUGGUUUGCACUGACAUCAUUCACGCCUCAAGGAGGCGGAGAAGCCCCCAAGGCACUAUCUGGACGUACUCUCGUGGCUGCCUAUUGGCUAUUUGUAGUACUCAUGCUUGCUACUUUCACUGCUAACUUGGCAGCUUUUCUCACCGUUGAGAGGAUGCAGACACCAGUGUCCUCGCUGGAGCAGCUUGCGAGACAAUCCCGCAUUAAUUAUACAGUGGUAGAGGGAUCUACCGUGCAUCAGUACUUCAUAAACAUGAAGUUUGCAGAGGACACGCUUUACAGAGUGUGGAAGGAAAUAACUUUAAACGCAACAUCCGACCAGUCGCAGUACAGAGUGUGGGAUUAUCCAAUACGAGAACAGUAUGGACACAUUUUGCUGGCUAUAAAUGCAUCAGGUCCUGUGCCCGACGCUAAGGCGGGGUUCCAGCAAGUCGACGAACACACCGAGGCGGAUUUCGCUUUCAUUCAUGAUUCAGCUGAAAUAAGAUACGAAAUAACUCGCAACUGCAACCUGACGGAGGUGGGUGAGGUGUUCGCUGAGCAACCUUACGCCCUGGCAGUGGCAUCAGGAUCCAGGUUACAAGAGGAGCUGUCCCGAGCUCUUCUAGACCUACAGAAGGAGCGGUUCCUUGAGCAGCUGUCUGCUAAAUAUUGGAAUGAAUCUGCGAGGCAGGCUUGUCCUGAUUCUGACGAGUCAGAAGGCAUCACUUUGGAGAGUCUAGGUGGAGUUUUCAUAGCCACGUUAUUCGGCUUGGGUCUGGCGAUGUUGACGCUAGCUUGGGAGGUGUUUUAUUACAAGCGUAAAGAGAAAAACAAAGCAAAGGAAACAACAGUAAAGACGAUAGAAGCUUUUCAGCCAAAGAAGACGAAAUUGCCAAAGAAAAUGGCGGAAAGAGUAGCCAAGUUGAGGAACAGAAAGAAAUCAGCCGUCAAGCCCGUCACAAUCGGCGAUACUUUCAAACCAGCUGACGGUGGAGUGUCUUUUAUAAAUGUGUAUCCAAAAUAUAAUCCAUAGAUGCAAAAGUUUUCGUAGCAAUUUUAUCAAAAUAAUGCCACAAAGCUACGUAUCGUCGCAAAUUGUUUUAUAGGCGUAUUUUUGUUGGUCUAUUUUCGUUUCUAAGUUUAGUACUCACGUGUCUUGUGUUUGCAACAUACUUAUAAUAUACGUUUAGCUAUAUUACCA